CACUGGCCAAUUUACCACCCGUGGGGCAGAAUCCAUCCCAUCCCGGGACAGCUGCCGUUCUGCAUCCGUACUCCGACCCCUUUGGUCCGUUUGAAUGCUAACAAAAAGUUGGUUGACGUGACAUUGUCCAAAACAAAACUCCCAUCACACUCGCGCCGAGCUGCAGGUUCUCUAGCGUCCCGAACAAAUCUGCAUUAGAAUCAGGAAUUUAUCGACGACAAGUAAUAAACGCUAGCGCCAGCCACGACCUGGCAAUUUGCGCGCCCACCAUUCAUCGUCAGGUUCCACCUGCAGUGACAGUGUCCCCAGCAGACCGCUCGUCAAACGCCAGGAAUGCCAUAUCCCCCCAGCUGUAGCUCACCACGAUAACUCAGUCUUGGGCGGCGCCACAACAACCGCAAUCACGAUAGACAGGCUAGCGAGAGGUAGCAAGGUCGGGGGUUGAGAGGCGCUUUAAAUCGGCCCACGGGGCCCCGAUUACACCCAACGCCCAUCAUGGCGGCCAACACGAACAGGUUCUCGACAUACACGACAGCCUCGGCCGACUCGAAAGAUGGCGAGAAGAAGAAGGACAUGUGGAACUCCAUGCUGGAGUCGGUAGCCAGCGGAAAGCGGCUACCGGAGAAGAACCUACUGGUGCUGGGCGGCACGGUCGAGACACAACGGAGUUUUCUGGAAACUUUAUCGAGCGAUUUUAGGAGAACGCUUGACACGGACCAUAUACCUCCCGUUGCGAACCACUUCGCCCUAGGAAACACCUAUUACGACGUCCUAGACGCGGAUCAAGAAGAUAUACUAGCCCGGAUAACCCUCUACUCGCUCACGAAGCCCUCAGCCUCCUUCAGCUCCCUCCUCAAGCCUCUCCUCACUCCACAAACGAUACCAAACACGCUCGUCGUUAUCUUACUUGACUGGUCACAUCCAUGGCUGUGGAUGCGCCAGCUGCGCGACUGGAUCCUCCUCCUCAGGACGGUGCUGGUGAGCCUCAGCAUCGAGGCCAAGGAUGCCAUGGAGGAGGUCAUGAUCGGCUGGCGAGACCGCGGCAGGGGAGGCGCAAGCACCAACUUGGACGGAAGUGGUGUCGCCACUGCUGCUAUGGCGAGUGAUGGCGGUGCGGGUAGCGAUAGCGUCGCUCUACCGCUGGGACCGGGCGAGUGGGAGGAUGCACUGGGUUUGCCGCUGUCUGUGGUCUGUCAGAAUGCGGACAAGAUUGAUUCUUUGGAAAAGAGGCAAGGGUGGAAAGAGGAGCAGUUCGACGUCGUCAUGCAAUUCAUGCGAACGGUGCUGCUAAAACACGGCGCAUCGUUGAUUUACACGUCCACAAGUGUGCCAUCACAAUUACCGAGCCUGAUCCACUCCAGCUUGGGCAUCACCUCACUUCUCAAGAGGCAACCGCUCAAGCACAACGUCAUCGACCGCGACAAGAUCGUCGUACCGCCAAACUGGGAUUCUUGGGGCAAGAUCCGGGUGCUGCGCGACGGUUUCGAUGUCGAGAUGGUCAGCGAGGGCUGGUCGAUAGACCUGGACCAACCUUUCCCUCGCGAGUCGGCCCGCACCCUUAAUGGCGAUGGAUUGAAUGAGGCAGGCGAGUUUUCCGACUCGGAAUCGGACGACGGUGCGCGACAGUCGGAGGACGACCAGGUUGAAGGCUCGGCGGUGGUGCUCUACGAACAAAAGAUCGAGAACCCCAGUGCGGCGGCACAGCAGCACGCGGCGCUCGAGGACCGCUCGGGCCGGCGCAUGGAGGUUGACACGGAGGACCACCAGGCAUUCCUGGAGAAGCAAUACCCGGUUCUGGACGAAUUCCGCAAGACACUGCAGAAGGAGGAGGACGAGGAGGCCGCGACCAAAUCCAAGAGAUCGCAACUGCAAGGGGACAGUUCGGCGUCACGGGGUUACGGGGGCUCGCAUGGCCACGACGACUACGGUCACAGUCCGAUCGGCGGCUUGCUCGGCGAUCAGAUCGGGCCUGUGCAGUUCAACAUGGGUGGAAUCCAGAUGGAUACGGAUGCUGCGUUCCAGUCUAUCCAGAGGUUGACGGAGCGACAGCAUGCGCACGAGCCCGAGCCCGAGCCUGAUGUCGAUGUUGAAGUUGACGAAGGGCCUACGGAUCCCGACCGGAUGCAAGCUUUCUUCGCAGGGCUUAUCCAGAGAGGUAUGGCCAAAUCUGGGGGCACCUAAUUACAAGAAGAAUAUGUUUGUUAUGUUGAGUAGGGGUGAUGCGGGGAUAAUCUUUGUGGUUCAGCUAUACCAUCUGGGUGCUUUCAUGGAGUCUACUGGCACAUUCAGAAACAUCGAAGGGGACUGCCAACGGUCUGGUAUUCUGCCUGUGUGGCGUGACCCAUCAUUCUGAGUGUCGGAGCCUCAGAAUUGGGUGCCAAGACCGUUGACUAGCUCACAAAGAUGGCGGGUGGACAAAGGAAGACGGCAGGGAAGGGGGGAGGGGUGUUGGGUUUCAUGCACCUUGUUUGUAGAUUAGAUACCCCAUGCGGAAAAGAGAAAGAACAGCGCAAAUUGCGACAUGUCGAUGAGUACUAGACAAUAUCUAGACUAGAACAAUACCGCAGCUGCCCAGAUCUGUAUAUACAAGCACGUCUGCCUCACUCCAUAUCCU